AUGGAUUUUGGGCAGACACACCUUGGAGGGCUGAUAUCGAAUUCUCAGCAGGAUGAGAAGGCGAAGCACUAUGUGGUUGGCUCACGGAUAAAGAUGGGUUGUGAACUGAUGAAGAAUCUGUAUGGAAAGUCAUGGCAUGUAAAGCUUGUGGAGAAUAGCUAUGGACAGGUUAUUGUAACGUCGCAGGCGAGUGUGAUAUAUGACAGUGUGAAAGCGAACCAUCCGUUUGUGAAGUUACUACAGGAAUAUGUAAAGAAGAUGGAUGUGGUUGGAGAUGGAUCAAAGCUGUUUGUCCUUCUUGUGUCUGAAUUGUUAUCUGAGAUGCUUAUCGGGGUUAACAAGGGAAUGAAGCCUGCGUUAUUGAGUGGGAUGCUUAGGGAGAUGUAUAAGGAGAUUGAUGGAAUGGCAGGAAGCUUGAUGAUUGAGCAUGAGAUUGACUUUGAAGAUGUGGAGAGCAUAAAGAAGGUACUCCGAGGGGUGGUGAAGGAUGAGCAUCUUGAGAGGAUAGUGAGUGAAGGAGUGAGAUGCACGAAAGGAUUUGAGAGUGAGGAUAUAAGGGUAUGCAAGGUUGGAUGCGGAAGUAUGGAGGAUAGUUAUGUUGUUGAGGGGAUGGUGUUUAACAGAGCGCCUGAAGGAGAGGUUAAGAGUGUGAAGAAUGGAAGGACGUCGAUAUAUAACUGUGGAUUGGAGAUUAGCAGGACUGAGCUGAAAGGAACUGUUCUUCUGAAGACAGCUGAUGAAUUACUAGCGUUUAGCAAGGAUGAGAAUAUAAGGACACGUGAGAUGGUUGAGUCUUUGAGUGCGGAUGUGAUUGUGUGCAGUGGGAAGGUUGAUAAGAUAUAUCUUGAUUUUUUGAAUAAGUGUGAAAAGCUGGUGUUUAAGGUGAGCAGCAAGCAUGACCUACGGAGGAUACGAGAAGUGAUGGGAGGACAUAUUUCAUCGAGUCUGUGCACACAGGCGGAGGACUUUAUGGGAGAGAUAGAUGAAGUGGUGGUGUUUAGUGAGGGGAAGGAGAAGUACACGAAGUUUGUAUCGAAGAGCAAGAGGAAGUAUACGCUGGUGUUGAAGAGCUCUGUAAAGGCUGUGCUUGAUGAGCAUGAGAGGAUUGUUCAGAAGGCGCUGACUGUUUUGAGCAAGAAUGUGAAUAAUGGAAAGAUAUGGCUGGUUGAAGGGGCAGGAAGGUUUGAACGAAGGAUGUCUAUGAAGAUGAUGGAGAGGAGCGGUAGUGAGAGUGGCUCUCGAGGGUUUGUGUAUAAGUGUGUUGGGAACGCUCUUGGACGAUAUAAACAAUAUGAUGAGGAGAUAUAUGAUGUUUACAAUGCGAAGGUGAAGGCGCUGAAGUAUGCGGUUGAGUUUAUUGCUAUGUUUUUUGAAACGAGUGAUUAUUUGAUUGGAAAACCUGAGGCGAUGAGUAUCAGUGCACGAGAGAAUCAGAAUUGGGACGAGGACCACUGA